AUGGCGAGUAGCAAACAAUCCUCCAGUCCAGACCAGGUCUUUACUUCGGCAGAUCGUAUCCGCCAAUUAAACGAAGUCGACAAGGAUGUGGCACGACUGAUUCAUUCCGCCGGCCUGGCGAUCCAGGCCCUGACAAAUGCCCGAUCGGGCGAUUCGUCCACGGAUAAUUCCCUCCAAUCCCAUCAAUCCCGAUUCAAAGAAGCCACUUCCCAAUACUUUGCCCUCUUAUCAUCCAUUGACGUGCGGCUUCGUCGCCAGGUCUACGCACUGGAAGAGGCCGCCAUCCUGGCACCCGAAUCUGCGUCCCGCACAGGUGAGACGGCCGGUGCGGGCGGGGGGGAACAGCCACCGGUGCAGCCAACCCGUUGGAUGAAGGAUACCGUAGGCAAGGACAAAGAGGCUGAAUUGUGGGCUGCGGCGCGGGAGUUCGUGGAGCAUAUCAGGAAUCCGGCAGCUAUGGAGAGGUUGCGUGAGAAGCAGGGGAACCAGGAGAAGAUGGAAGUUGAUUAA